GCCACUCACGGCAAACGCUCGCUGCAAGGUCCGCCCGCACGUUCGCUCGCUCGUAACGGGCCAGAACCAACCGGCCGUUCGCAGUCCGUUUGGAGCGCUCCGCGUGCGAGCACACAGUAGUGCUUAAUGAAAUCCGUAACCCUGGGAUGUUAAAAGUCAUACAGCUGCGGACACAAGGUGUAUCAAACAGUGACAGCAGUGAGAGCGACAUGAAGUGUUUCAGUGCAUUCUGUCUGUUAACAGCUCGAAAAUUCGAUAUAGUGAACUUAUAAACCCCCCAAAAAAAAGUGAAAAAUCAUAAAAGAAAAACAGAAACAUCAUCAACAACAAUGCAAAAUUUAUCAAAAGAAAGUGCAAAAAAUAUAACUUGUGCAUGCUCUUAAGAAUAUUAAAGAAAACGAAGAAAAAAAACAGUUGUAUAAACGAAGCGACAGGCAUAGUAAAGUUUAAAACAGAACAGAAGUGAAGCGAAAAGCAGUGAAAAGAAAUUUUGGCAAAUAGCAAACUUGAAGCUCACUCAACAUUCUUCGCGAGAACCUGGCUAGCGUCGAUGGAAUAUUUCACAAUUCAUAAGAGCACGCUGCACUAAGCACCUCGCGCCCAUCUACAGUGAGAGAGAGAGAGAUAGAGAGAGGGAGAAACUGUCAACGUCAGCCAAAUAUACAUCCAAACGAAGCCUUUUUUGGGGACUCCGUCCCUGCGAAGAAAGCUUCCUCCGGACUCGCUAUUCAUCGGCAGUGUGUGCAGUGUUGUAGAGCUGGUGAAGAUAUCUUCACCAGAGGCUUCACUGGACCAUUGCACCAGUCAGAUUGAAUAAAACAACAGUACGUGUGAGUGGCGGUGUGUGAGUACGGCAAAGAAAAGUGGAAGCUCAGACACGUUCCAAGUGAAGAUUGGCAGCUGUUGGUGGUGGUGGUGGUGGUUGUGGCAGUGAUGACGAUGGUGACGGUGUGAGAACAAAAAGUGCUUCCGUGUCGGAAUUCCUUCCGAUUUGUCAGCGGUUUUGUCGGCUUUUUCGGUGUGCGUGUGUGUGUGUGUGGGGUUCGAAAUUGUUCGAACACCCAGCGUCCAGGCGGAAAUAAGAAGCAGAGCCACCGUUUCCACACUCACCAUCCGGCGUCUCUAGUGUGCGAGGGACCGCGUGUGUGUGUCAGUGCGUGAGUGUGUUAGAGCUGCUGCUGCUGCUGCUGCUGCUACCGCUGCUGCCGUUGUUUGAGGUCGUUUGAAUGGCUUACGGGGCGAGUACGGCGAGCGUGUACCAACUGCUGCUGCUGCUGCUGCCACGACCGCAAAAUGGCUAGAUUCUACCAGACGGCUACAUUCGGCAAACUGUUUCACAAAUGGAUUGAAGGGGAAAGACGCCAUGACGCCAGUAGCAGCAGCAGCCGUCGCAGCCGCAGCCACAUCGCAGUAGCUGCCCCAUCAUCAACAUCAACGCACCAUACCCGAGCCCACCGCAGGUCGUCGCCCGCUAGCCGUGCUCACCGCCGAGUCAUCAACGUACACCGCACACGCCACGCUCACAACCGCCACGGAACGGACCGGAGCCAUGAACGAGUCGGAGUGUGCCAGCCUGCUCGCAUCCGUACAGUGGACGGAUCCGACCAAUCUGGUCUCGCUGGCGGUGCUGGCGUUCAUCAACGUGCUCGUCAUCGUCGGCAACUGUCUAGUGAUUGCGGCCGUCCUCUGCUCGCACAAGCUGCGCAGUGUAACCAAUUUUUUCAUCGUUAGUCUAGCCGUUGCUGAUUUAUUAGUCGGAUUAGCUGUAUUGCCAUUUUCGGCCACCUGGGAGGUGUUUAAGGUUUGGAUAUUCGGUGACGUCUGGUGCCGUAUCUGGCUGGCGGUCGAUGUCUGGAUGUGUACCGCCUCGAUACUGAACCUGUGCGCCAUCUCGCUGGACCGGUACGUCGCCGUUACCCGGCCGGUCACCUAUCCGAGCAUAAUGUCGACCAGGCGCGCCAAGUCGCUCAUCGCCGGGCUGUGGGUGUUGUCCUUCGUGAUCUGCUUUCCGCCGCUGGUCGGGUGGAAGGAACAGAAUGUGAAAGAGAACGUUUAUUAUCAAUACGGAAACUACACACUGGUGUCGGUGACACCGUCCCCCGCGCCUCCACUUCCCUGUCCCUGGACGUGCGAGCUGACGAACGACGCCGGUUACGUCGUCUACUCGGCGCUCGGCUCCUUCUACAUUCCCAUGUUCGUGAUGCUGUUCUUCUACUGGCGGAUCUACCGGGCAGCGGUCCGGACGACACGCGCCAUCAAUCAGGGCUUUCGCACCACCAAAGGCAUGGGCAAUCGAUUCGAUGACAAUCGGCUCACGCUACGGAUACAUCGAGGCCGUGGUUCAACGAGCGCACCACUGCACGAAUCGCCGCACAGCAAUGGGAGCACGCACAGUACCACCACCAGCAUCGGUAGUGCAUCGCCCGAGCGGCUGUCUCGCUACUCGACCCGUAGCAAAAUGGCCGGCCACGGUACCGGUACGGCCGGGCAUCCGGUCGCCCAUCACGAGAAGAUCAAGAUCUCCGUCUCGUACCCGUCGACGGAGAAUGUGGCCCAGAGCUGUCACGGUGACACGUCCGCCGGUACGUCCACGAUGGCCGGUGGCUCAUCGAGCAGUUCCGGACCGGCCGGUGCGAAGCUCCUGUACGCCGUCCACUACUCCUCGGCGAACGGGCGCGAAAGUAACGCGUCCCAGAUCUUUCGCCGACCGUCCAAAGAGCAGCAGAUCGGUAACGUACUCGGUGGCUCAACCCAGUACCUGACCGUGUCCGAGCAGCAACAGCAGCAACAACAGCAACAUCGGGAACGAGGCAGCAGCUUCCUAUCGCCCCGUGCCAGCAAACGGAUGGGUAAGCGCAACAUCAAGGCACAGGUGAAACGGUUCCGAAUGGAAACGAAAGCGGCCAAAACGUUAGCGAUCAUCGUGGGCCUGUUUGUGCUCUGCUGGUUACCCUUCUUCACGAUGUAUCUGGUCCGGCCGUUCUGUGACGACUGCAUCAACGAGCUACUGUUCUCGAUCGUGUUCUGGAUCGGGUACUGUAACUCAGCCAUAAACCCAAUGAUCUACGCUCUCUUCUCCAAGGACUUUCGGUUCGCGUUCAAGCGCAUCAUCUGUCGGUGUUUCUGCUCCGGUGGGCGGUUCCCGGGUGCGGUUGGUAGUCGCCGUGGUUCGGACAUGUCGCAGAUGAGGGCACACGGGGGCCGCACGCCGAGCAUUUCGCCGAGUGCGGCCGCCCAGUCACUGUGCGACGAUAGUGAUCCGGUUGGGGGUGAUCUGUCCGACUCCAGAUGACGAACGUCGUAUGCGCCCAGCAUCAGUUCCACCUCGAGUCCGGGCUGUGGGAUGAUGCUGCUAGCGAACUCGGCAGGUGGUGGAGGACCUAGUGGAGGAUCAGGUGGAGGAGCUCCCGGGAGCGCUGCUGGUGAGCAGGGGCAUGGUGGAAGGAGUAGUGUUAGCAGUGUGGGAACGGUCUGCAUCACUAGUAGUAGCACAACGACUUCCCAUACACUAACAGCCGCCGGUCCUAGCUCAUCCUCGGGCACAGGCGGGGUAGGCAGUACCGUACGCACCCCGAACGUGUACGAUAUCUGCCAUCCGCUCGUGAUGGAAAAUCCUGCCAGUGGUAGUGUGGGGCCGCUGCAGAGUCAUCCACUAGCGCCGCUAGCGUCACCGCUCCGGAGCCGCCUCGAGCCGGAGUCCUCCUCUGGGCGGAGUCUUCGGCGGCUAAACAUUUGAUCGUUUUGGGAGCGCUCCAUCUGGCACUUUUGCGACCAGAGCUAAGGGAACGCCAACGAAAAGGGAGGAUGGGGGGGGGGACGGGGUCGGGGAGGCGAAAGGGAAGAGCCACCAUGUAUAUAAGCCAUACGUCACCCAGCAUAUCAUACUAAUUAGCCGCCGUCGUCGAAAAACAAAAAACACACACACAGCAUUAGGACUUGUGUUUGGGUUCUGUCCGUGUGUUUGUGUUAGUCCGUGUUAACCUUCUAUUGUAACUAGCAGAAUGUAAAUGUUUUAUUGUAUGAUACGGGUACAAGGGGUGUACAACACCUUCCGGACACAACAGUACCGGACAAUAGACGACGACUACUACACAACACAGCAACAGGAAACGAAACUUUGCAAUAUCUCGACUCUGGCUCCUCUGGUUCCCUAGCUCCUACAUCCUACGACUAGCACUUGAGACGUGAAGUGUAAUCCGGAAUUGGGUCACGCAAAACGGAGAACUUUUCCUUCCGCUUUCCUCACACCCCUCUCCCCCUCUUCCCCUCUUCCCCUCUUCCCCUCUUCCGUUCCUCCGCUCCAGAAAUCACAACACCCAUUACAGCUAAUUAGCAGGACAAUGCAUGACAAACAACAAGGGAGUUAGUAAAUUGAUGUAGAACAAAUGGAGAUACGGGGAACCAGUGCGUGUGUGUGUGUGAAUGUGUAUGCUCUUUCAUUCUCACUCUCUCUCACUCUCUCUCGAUUAAAAAUGAUUUGCAUCCGUGUGUUGAACACGAUGCAGGAACAUGGAUGGGAAAUUUACGAACAUCACGCCAUCAUUAGCCGCUGGCCGAGGAUUCAAGACGGCGGCGGUGCGGGAACCACUGCAGGAGGACCGUGGGAAGAUACAAUGAAAACAAUAAUUUUCUAAACUUCAACUCACACAAUCCACAGUGCUUGGAAGCGGUUUGAAGCGGUCCGGAGCAGUGUUGUGGAGUGAGUGUGAGAGCUUUGAUAAGACACGCCACACUCCGCAGGGCCACAGGUUGUCCUGUCAGUCAACGAGGCACCGCUCUGCUUCCUUGAGGUUAGACAAACAACGGCGUAACGGUGUGUAGGGGCCGAGCGAGGAGUUUGUUAGUGUUUCUUCCACGCUGGCAUGAGAAGUUUUCUUGUUUAUCAUGCGAUAAGCGAGAUAGCACGCGAAAAAGAGUAAGAGAGAGAGAGAUCGAGAGGAAGAGCGUUGAAGUCACGCAGUCCUGUUUGUAAAUUAAAAUCGUUCGCCCUUCCUCCCCAGUUUGUGUGAUGUGUGGAAGAAGAAGCGUUACACUUUACAACAGAAACAAAACACACACACACACACAAGCACACAUGAACACAACAGAAACAAAGGGGCUUUUUCCUUCCGGUUUCAGCAGUGCACUGUGUACGGUGUGCACUACCACAACCCGAAAAGACUUGAAUACGCAACGGACGGCUUUCCGGCAUUGAAGCGUCCGUGCUGCAGCUAAGCGCCUGCAGGGUAGGCAAUACGCAAUACGCAUCGCCCGCGUAACGCUUUCCGAAAGGCACGAACGACCGAAAGAGACAGGAAUAAUGAUAGUGAGAAAAAACACAAAACAAAAUCAUUAAAUAUUAUAACAAACAAACAAAAACAAGGGUAAACUAAAUCUUAUUCUUCAUAUUAUAUAAAAAAAACCUUUUAUACGAAACAAAAGCAAAGGUUUAUACCUUAAAAAAACAUGUAUCUAUAUCUAUAUGUGUCUGUGUAAGCAUGUAUGUAACGGAAGCAAACACACGCAAACACGCAUCUAAAGCAAAACGAGUACAAUAUGCGCCUACUAAUUGUUGUUUCUUGUUGUCUAGUUGAUCUUCUUGUCGUACCGUGUAUAUGCAUCAGAUGCAUCUUCAACGACCAGUCGUAGGGUUGGGCGACUGGACUGUUAAGAAAAAAAAACAAUGGAAGCAACAACAAAAGAAAAAUUACACGUCCGAGCAGGAAAAAUGAGGCAAGCAUCGUACUCGUGCUGAGCAGUUCCCCUCGACAAAGAAAAACUAACUAAUAAGGAACCAUUACAUGUUACGCAUGAAAGAGGCAAGGUAAGGUAGUGAGCUAGCUACAAAAAUCCAUAAAAUUACAGGGUUUUUGGAGGAUACGAUAAACAGGUACGUUGAGAUAUUGAUUUGUUCAGGCAUAUAAUUGACUCGAGAUGCUUUGAUUGGCGGAAAUGAGUUGGAAACUAUCGGGGAGAGUUCCGAACUAGAAUAUCAACCACUGGUGAAGAUCUCUCCCCACCAGGCGGCUAAUCUUGGAGAAGAUGGCGGAGCAGCAGGUACCCUCUUACCAUCUCUUUAACGAUUUUAAAGCAUAUCGAAGCGAGGGGCAGAUAAUGUCCCUUGAAGGCUCUAAGAAGAAUGAAAGUUAGAGGCUCCUAUAACAUCGAGUCUGCUGAAAGAACCAGAGUCAGAUAUCAAUUGGAAAAUAAAUAUGAGGCCCUUCAUGAAGUUCAGGUCCCUCCUAAUGAUUGAGGCUAGCAGGACCUCUUAGCCUGAGGGGGAUCCUUGGAAUAUCAGGACUCUAAGCAAUCUGGUAAGUAGUAUCUAUAAGCUCCUUUGGAAUCUCGACCCGACACAAGUUUAACGGGCUUAUAAAAUUACUAGAAGUUGGAGUUGGAAUCUUCAAGGGAUCAUCUUCUUUAAGUUUGAACCUAUAUCCUGGCAUAAGCUGAUGAUUUGAUCAUUUGAUAAUAUGUGGCUUUCCUAUGUUCUCCUACGAGCUUGCCAAAGAAUCGAGGAGAUAAACAAGUCAGCAAUCCUGUUGUCAAAUAGGGAUGAGAUUAUCAAAUCUCUGAAUUCUUCAAAAACUUUAUCGGAGGUCUCUUAGAUCUAAAGUAAAGGUGUUGAGGUACAAGCAAUGGUUUCAAGGGUACUAAGGAUACUACAUAAUGAAGAAACUACUCCACUCAAAAUACCUGUAGUGACGGACUUUGAUACAUGAACUCCACCAAAAGCUGACAAUUUUCUUUUAACCGUGCUCGAGAGGAAGAUGCUCAGAAGGAUGUCUGUAAGGACAAUAGAGGAACGGCCAAAAUAAUGAGCUCUCUAUCGAGAUUCUCUAUGAUCUCAGUAUUAUACAGCUAAUCGGACUCGCCUGACUCCGGUGAGCUGAUCAAGUCACGAGAAUGUCAUCGGACAACCCAGGUUUCCAAGUCUUUUCCAGGUCGUCCAUAGAGGGGUCAUGGUUGGCCCAAAUUGAAAAGGAGUGACCUGUCCAUCAGAAAGGUCGGGAAUCAGAUUGGUAGACGAGGGCGCUAGACCGUGAGACGAUGUGCUGUUCGAUAGUGUUGUAUAAACCUCAGGUUUCGGUUCACCUAACCGGAGCUGUAGCCUGUUAAGACAUGCUGACCGCGUCAUCUCACCCAAUCUCACGAAUCAUCAAUAUACCUGAGCAAAUCACAACUACAACGACGCACUUGUCAGCUGUAUCCUCGAAAAACCCCCUCGCAAAACUGUUGAACCGCGAGGGCGAAGAAAAGUUUAUUUAUGGUAAACAUUUAGUAUCGUUACACUCGUAUAAGAAGCUUCCAGGGGACAGAAAAAAGAAGAAAAACAAAACAAAAGUUAAAGAAAAAUGGCGGCGCUUCGAUCCCUCUCGCAAUACAAACAAACAAAAAACUCACUGUUUCACUGUUACGUGUGUCUGUGUGUUACGUUUGCGCGAUGCUGUUGCAAUGGUAAGGGUGAAAUCGCACACUUAAAAAUUAACGCACACGCACGCACGCACCUGUUGCUGUUGGAAGGUUUAAGCAAGCGUGCGUGAACACACCUGUUAAACAAAUGUAAAUGUAGCACAAAACAACAAAGAGAGGAAAAAAACAAAAGAAGAAGGAGAAAGAAGAAAAGAGGAAGAAACUUACCCAAAAGGCAACAACAAAAAAGUAUCGAAGAGAAAAGAAGGAGGAAAAAAAAAAGAAAAACAAAACGUGUAUUGAAGGAGCUUCAGUCAAGGUGUAAUCUGCAGUUCAAACAACUGUAGCGAGGAGCAUAUGUAGAAAUAAAUGAAAUUGCUUAAAACGAUAGAAUUUACAUAAAAAACUAUAAUGUGAAUAUAACUUAUAUAGCAAAACCAAAACAACAAAAACGAGAGAGAGAGAGAGAGAGAGAGAGAAAGAAAGAAAGAAGAGAAAAAACUGAAAUAAAAAAUGAAACAUAUAAAACAGAAGUGAAGAGAACAAAAAAUAAAAAAGACAAACAAAAACAAGACAUUGUUUUAAGAGUAUGAGAAGACAAAGGAAGCAAGAAGUAGGACUAAGCAACAGAACACAAACACACUAAAGAAAAAGCCAACUCACGAACAUUGAAAACAUAAAAGCAAACAUAAUCAUACAAAAGCAUACAUUCGUUUGUCAUAUUUAAAUAUGUCUAGAAGGAGAACAGGAAAACCAACACACACACACACAUACACUAAGACUAAUCAAUGUGUGAGAUAGCUAUCAGCAUAGGCAUCUAAACGUCCGUGUUUGCUAUUGCUCUUUUCGUCAUUCUUCUACCAUCAAACCUCUUGAAAAUUCUUCCUUUAUACAGUGUGUGUUUCGGAUCAUUUUAGCAAGCGUCUACAUGUUUAGAACAAUCAACCAGUUUGGAGAUAACCCAUAAGCAAUCUAUGGCUUAUUAGUGUUAUUUACAGAGACUCACUCAUUGUUUUCAACAUGGAGACACUUGUUACAACACCCAAGAAACACUGUGAACACACAACCCUAACCCUCACGGUUUCCAGCUUUCCUUGAGAAAAUAAAUGGAAAAUAAAGAAGAAAAAACGAAGACAAACUAUCCUUCAGAAAGCAGUAACAACACAACUUAAAGCAAGCAAAGAAACAACAAUACAAUCAUGAAAAGAUAAAAGAAAUAGAGAGAAAA